AUGGAAAAUGGACCCGUUGGCAUUAAUAAAGAAGGAGAGCUCUACAAAAGAAACAACAGUCUGUAUGAAGACUAUGACAUUCUAUACCUGGACCAGCCAGUCGGUGCAGGAUUCAGCUUUCCCGACAAUGUUACGGCAUACCCCACGAGCCUAGAGGACAUCGCAAGCGAUAUGGAGAAGUUCUUGUGCUUAUUCUUCAAGAUAUUUAAGGGCUAUUACAACCGAGACCUAUACAUAGCUGGAGAGUCGUACGGAGUCACCGGACGGAAUGGUCUGACACUGUCUAACUCCAAGGAGUUCGUUCGCUUGAUUCAAGAUCAAGUCGUCGAUGACAACGACAUCAUGGUCUCUUUUGAUGUUGUCUCCCUUUUCACUAACGUCCCCACAGCGUUAGCAGUGAAAGUGGCUGAAGCACGACUACGUGACGACAGCACCCUUCCCACACGUACGUCUCUCACAGUGGAGGACAUUAUCAUCCUGCUACGCUUCUGUCUGAACCAAUCCCAUUUUUCGUUCCGGGGGCAGGUCUACCAUCAGAUUGAAGGUUGUCCUAUGGGCAGCCCGGUGUCCGUGACAAUGGCUAAUCUCGUCAUGGAAUAUGUUGAAGAAUCUGCCUUCCAACGAUUUACCCACAACAUCAAGUUCUACCGACGGUAUGUCGACGACACUUUCGUGAUCCUAAAUCGCAACCUCCUAGACGAAUUCCAUUCGACCCUGAACAGCAUUGAACCGUCCAUUCAGUUCACUUGCGAACUUGAAUAG